AUGCACUAUACUCGAGUGCUCGUUGCUUGUGCUGUCCCUGAAGCCCCUCAUGCACGAAGAAUCACACUGCCCAUGUCUAUUCUGAUCCCUUCAGGCGCCGCUGGCCAGCAGACAAAGCUCAUACUCGAUGGCGCUGGUCCCGAUCCCCCGUUUUCGCUCUUUCAGCAACUGGCAUCCAUCUAUUCGGUCUAUGAUCCUCUGUGGGACUAUUCCUAUAGCGAUGUCGGGACUGGCGCUGGGCGCGCUGCGCUCAUCGCCAGCAACUCCAACUUGACAUGGGCCUCCUCAGACUAUGUUCCGUCCAAUGUCUCGUACACUGGCCCUGGGAACACCUCGGGCAACUUUGUUCCUGUUCCGGCAAUCAUGAGCUGCAUAGCGAUCGUGUACCAUCUCAACGUCACCAACCUCACGCUCACCCGACAGAACCUUGCGGAUAUAUUCUCUGGCAAGAUCGCCUACUGGAACGACCCUAGGCUCGUCCAGAAUAACCCAGCCCUGACCACCAUCACGGCUCGGGUCCAAACCAUCGUGAAUGCCGGCACUGUCGGGAUGACGGUCAAUUUCCUCUACGCACUCAACCGCAUCGAUCCCUCGUUGAAUCUGUCGUAUCCAUCCAGCUACCCGCUUCCAACCUGGGGGCCGGCCAACCCUCCGCUUUACGGAAAGGACAACACCGUCAUGUCCGACGGGAUCCAGGUCACUCCAAACUCUAUCGGAUACAUCGCCUUCCCAUUCGCCAACCUAACUCUGGCGUCUCUACUGCCCUCCGGAUUCAAUCUCUAUGCUUUUGCCAGCAUUAUCAACAAAAACGGCGAGAUUGUGCAGCCUUCCGUAACAGGCAUGUCGGCCGCUCUCUCGGUUCCAGUCGCAUCCAACAUGUCGGCUCUGCGCCAUUUGUCAAGUGACAUUGGCAAUGCCAUUCAGUCGGCCUACAUCGAUUCGGCCACGCCAAAUGCCUACCCGUUUAUGGAGCCCACGCUCUUUAUGCUGCGACAAGACUCGCAACUCUAUGGACUCACCGCCCCCGAGAUCCAGGCAACCCUGCGAUUCCUGUUCUGGAUCAUAUUUGGCGGAACAGAGACGGUGGCUCCAGCCGAGCCCGUGAUGCAGCCUUCGGCGAGCACAUACUUCCACCGCUACAACUUUAUACACUUCCGAGACAUCAAUAUACGCCAGUUCGUCUACGAUGCCCUCAAGCUUGUCACGCACAAUGGACAGCCGCUCUUUGAUCCAGCCUCUCCGUGCAAUCCGGUCUUUGACACCAACCUUACUUACAUCAGCUCCAAUUCAUGCAAACACGGCUACUGCAUCGUUGACGGGCCGUUCCAGUCGUCUAGCCAAGCCCAGUGCAUCUGCAAUGUUGGAUACUAUAACAACCUGCGUCUGGAUUGCUCUGAGCCGGCGUCCCCGUUCAUGUUGCUCUUUGGCGGGAUCGACUCGUACAACAUCGUUGUCAUCGCUUUUCUGGCCAUCGCUGUCCUCAUCAACAUUGGCAUAUGGAUUCUCAUUUUCCUCUGGAGGAAAAAACCGGACGUCCAAGCCAUCUCUCCAAGCUGCUGCCAUGUGAUCAUGAUGGGCGCUCUCAUCGGACAGGUUGCCGCCCUCUUCUUCUCUGCCAAUCCGAGCCCCCUCGUUUGCGGAGGACGGAUCUUGCUGCCUGUGAUUGCCUUCUCCUCCGUCUUCAGCAUGUUGCUGAUGAAGUCGAUUCGGAUCUACAUCAUCUUUGGAUACAAGCGCAUCCGCACGAUCAAGACCCCAGACUGGAAGCUGAUCCUGGCCACGGGGAUCAUUGUCGUCCUGGAAGUCAUUUACUGCGCCGUGUGGAUCGGCAUCGACUACCCAACUCCUUCAAUCGAAGGGAGCGUCUACGCCAUGGUGUGCUCCACUGAAAAGGGAUCAAUAACGACCCCUUCCAUACUCUUGUACCUCCUCAACGGAUUUAUCCUCAUCGGAUGCGUAGUGUUUGCCUACCUCACCCGCGGUGCUCACGAGCGCUUCCAAGAGUCCAAAGUCAUCGGAAUGUGCAGCUAUUUUGUCUCCAUGACGAUGCUCCUGUGCCUUCCAAUGAUCUAUGCCCUCUCGGAUCAAGUCAACUCGCAGGACUUGUUUUCGCUCGGACAAGUGAUGAUGUCAUGCUUGGUGAUCGUGGUGUCGUCGCUGGUACCCGUCAUCCUCUUUGCCGCAAGGCUCAUCAGGACUUUCAAGAGCAGAAACGAUGCACCCGACAGCGAGAAACAAACCCAAAAGUCUUCUCCGACCACCACAAAUCGCUCUGCCAUCACCAGUCAGGGAAUGACCAAGGCCGCCAUCGUCGCCUAUGCAUACGACUGUGGACUGCAGGGACUCAAAUUUGGAGGAGCGUGGGUGUCCUCGACAGUGCUUGUUCUCACGACCUUGGACCUGAUCGAAUUUCGAGAAGCGGAUGUUCAUGGCUCCAUCCAAGCCAGCUUCAGAUUCUCUUCGUGCGAGUGCGAAUUGUGUGAUCCGAACAGCGACCCCAACGCCGAUAAGAUUUUGGCCCGGAGCGUCAAGUUGCGCCAGGGCAAGGUCACCUACAGUCUCGAGUUUGGUGCCAAGGAGACAGCCUUCACGUUCUUGGAAAACUAUGCCGAAGCCAAGGCCAAGACGGGUGGCACAUUGGGCAGAGGCGUAGGCGGAAUCGGCGGAGUCGGCGGAGUCGGCGGAAUCGGCGGAGUCGGCGGAGUCGGAGGGCCAAUUCAGCGAGACAAAACCAUCUAUGGGAUGCUCAGCAAAAUCGACACAGGUGGAAAGGAAAAGGAAAACGAUUCGAAAGAACAUAAAUCUGGCACUAUUGAUUCGGUUCGCUCAAGCCACGAUAGCUGUGUGAGCACCACGGAGGGUAGCCUCAGCACCACUAGGUGACGAGUCGCCACAAAAUUUGGA